AUGACAUCUGCACCUACCUCACCUACGAUCAUCUGGCCGGCAAAGUUCCUUCCCGGCACGACAGACAACUUCGUCAGCAAUGAGACCAUUGUGAAAGGGCUCUCCUCAGCAGAUAUCUGGAAAUACCUCGCCGACAUCACCAAAUGGGAGUCCUACUACUGGAACUGCUCACAAAUUACACCUCCAUCCUCUGGACCCAUGUUGAAGAAAGGCGACAAGUUCAGCUUCUCAACUUUCGGCUUCCCACCUUUGCCUUCUGAGGUCUACGAAUCAAUUACGCCGUCGAAGACUGAAGUCGGUCGUCUUGCUUGGCGAGCUAUAUCUGAUGGUGAUGGAGAUGAAGACAAAGCUGUUGAUGUCUAUCAUGCUUGGGUUAUUGAGGAUAUUGACCAGGACCGUGUCAGAAUCUUGACGCAGGAGUCGCAGAUUGGCAAGCCAGCUGCUGAUUUGAGUACCAAGAAGCCCAAUCCAAUGCUAAAUGGACACCAGGAUUGGCUGGAUGGACUCGUCAAGGUUGCGAGAAAAGGAAAGCAGAAUUGA